AUCUGUGUUCAUUAUUGUUUUUUUGGAGUGUGGGAGGACGUAAUUUUUAUGAUUUUGCUGCGCGAAAUCAGAAAUUAUAUUAAUUUUCUUCCGGCAUGUAGUGUUUACAAGUACACAACUCAUUUAUAAUUAAUUACUCUUUAACCAGAGAAACUGGACUGGCCCUAGCAAUGGCGAUAAACGCUAUAGCGGAAGACUAUUUCCGUUCAAUGAAUCCUCUGGCUGCAAAAAUUCACGAAGACAUCGAAGAAGCGAAAAACUCCUACGAAAACAUCUGGGACAGCCUCACGGACAAGGAGAAGACGGAAAUAAUCAACGAAUCCAUCAUCAAACCCGACAUAGCUCUCAAAUACGCGCUAAUAGACACCCUAGACUUCGACAUAAACGACCCGCCGAUCCGACGAGAUGACCUCAUGUCGUUCUUCGGCCGUGAUCACGGACAAAAGCUCAUCCAGGAAGACAAUAGAACCUGGCGCGACGAGCACUCGGCCCCGUUCCUCUACCAGACAAAGAGCCAACUCAAUCUAUGCAUUCUGAACGAGCUGCGAGAGAAAAAAGAACUGAAAUCCAUAGUCGGUGACGACCAGCCAGUGUUGGAGCUAGCGUUUUCACACUCGAAAGUAGUAAGCGAACUGAAAAACGCGUUAAAAUCCCACGAUAUGCUGAAAAGCACCAAUUACAGCAAACCCGCUGAAACCGUAGAACGGGAGCCGAUAAGCUCUCCAACAGGCUUUAUUAGCAAAUUCAUUGGCAACUUCAAGAGUAAAGAAGAUGAUAAAGAGCGACUUGUGUCAAACCAGCCAACGCAGAUUGUGGCUUCGUCUGAUAACUUCUUCAGGACCAACUUCAAGAGUCCUCCAAGUGAUCUCAAGUUUGAAAAGGACUAUCGUACCAGCAUGGCCAAGUCUAGCAGUGACCUAUCAGAAGAGAACCGCGGCCUCCUAUCCUCGGGGUCCCUCGCGUCCUCCACUGACUUCCACUCGUGCGAGGAGGUGGCGUCCGCGGAGAGCACCGAGACUCUCGCGCCCUCUGUCGGCAAGACCGGGUACGACUUCCUCGAUAACUGGUAAAUGGGUGUAAAAAGAUAAGCGUCCACCUAUCGGUGUCGUAUGUAAUCAAACUGAUUAACAUAAACAAUGUAUGAUGAAACGGCAUCGGUGUGAAUUUCUAUACUGGCGUAGGAUGCCGGAAGUAGAACGCUUACCGAAAGGGUCUUAUGCUUCAUGUAACUCUCGUAGAUAAAGAAACAAUGUCAAAAUGGUGCCCUUUACGUAAGCAGGGAGAGGCAGUGGAAGCAGGGAGGAGUACAUGGGGUAUCUGGCGUAAUCACUAUACUUGCAUAGUUCUAUUAUUAAAUUUAAUUAUUAAUUUACCUCACAACGUCAUCACGUCGGGGUCACCAAUUUAGACAUUUUGGAGUUCGGACUUUCGUCGCACCCUACAUACCUAAAGGUAUACGAAAGCGAGUUAGGUCAUUUUCAUAUUGUUUCUUUAUCUGCGGGCGUUAUACUGAUGAUAAACGUGAGUUAAAAUUGUAGAAUGAGAAGUAGAUACAAUCCUAGGUACUGGUAGAGAUAUGUGUGUGUUUUUGGUAUUGAAUUUAUAUCUUUAUAUUGCUUUCAUAUUGCGUGAACUGAAUUGAGGAGGUUAAUAAUAUUACAAUAGAUCUUUGAGAUAAUUGUGCAA